CCGUAAAACCCACGGCUCCACCCGCUGCACACCGACGACGCCCAACCAACUCCCGCCCGCGAGCACCACGAGCCACACACGCACGCCUAAAAGCCUUGGCCCCGAUCGCCCCGCCCCAUGCGCCCAUGGACACGGUCGUGGUCACGGCCGCGCGUCGCCUCCUCGGCAAUGCCACCCACGACCAUCGCGCCCACCACGGCGGAGCCGCGUCGUCCCCAAGGCCAGGCGCGGCGAGCGCCCCGGUGCGGCCGCCGCCGCGGGAGCCGUUCCCUAUGCUGCUGCCCGUGUUCAUCCUCUUCGUGCUCCUCCUCUGCUUCCUCUCCAUCUUCCUCCUGCGCGACCUCCUCCACUUCCUCUCCCUCUGGCUGCGCCGCCGGCGCCGCCUCCGCGCCGAUGCGGACGCCGCGUCCGACGCCACGCCGGACACGCACGCGUCGCACAAGCCGGCCGGUCUGGACCCCGCGGUCCUCGCCACGUUCCCCACGGUGCGGUGGUUCGAGGAGACGCAUCGGCCCGCGUCGGGGCAGGCCGAGUGCGCGGUCUGCCUGUCGGAGUUCGCCGCGGGCGACGCGGUCCGCCUGCUCACCGUCUGCCGCCACGCGUUCCACACGGCGUGCAUCGACUCGUGGCUCGGCGCACACACCACGUGCCCCGUGUGCCGCUCCGAACUGGACGCGCCGGCUGCCACGCCCCGCUACGGCGGCGGUGGACGCAUCGCGAUCCUGGUAGACGAUCAGGGAGACGGCAGCGCGGCGGUGGCGGACACCGACCAUGCGGCAUCAUCCCCGGCGAACGGUGGCGUGCAAUCGCGCCCUGACCGAUGACAUACAUAUUGUCCAAUAAUCGCCGAGUGCCAGACGGCCGGCUUCUUGUAACCCUUUUCUUUUCUUUUCGCUUUUUAUUCUUGUGUUAGGUUCAGAAGAUAGCUAGCUCACGGCCGGGGUCUUUUAGAAUUGUGAUUUUUUUUAGGUUUGUGGAUUUUUUGUAUACGCUGAAUGAAUGAACAAAGCAGACGUUCAUACCCAAUUCAGAUAUGUACAAGCAUGCUAAUUCACGCAUUGAUGGAAAGUAAAUAAUGAAAAUAUAGAUAUUUUUCGUUA